CGUCCUCGCCUCCCUCUCCCUUUCCCAUCUUGUUCCCUCACUCACUGAUGUGACUGACGCCGGGACAGACGCAUUCUUCAUGGGAUUUUCCCGAUUUUUCCUCUGAUUACAUCUUCCUGGGGCCGCACACAGAUCUCAGUUUUGUUUUUGAAGGCUCUCACACACAGAGGGGUUGUCUCUUGCCGUGGAGUCACCCCCGUCCAUGGCUUCUUUGUCCGGCUGCAGUGGCGGCGCCUCCAGCCACUCGGGCAGCUUCUAGUUUCAAUAUUGUUUUUUUUUCCCCAAGAGAAGAAUUAAUUCGGUUAAAAACUAUCUGGACAUUCCUGUGGGAUCUGUUGCGCCGCGUCAAUAAUUUCUAACCUUGGUUUGAAUAUAAAUUUGUGUACCAUAAUUUUUUUUUUUGAUUUUUGGAAGGGUUUUCUUUUAAUUAUACAGGGAAGUUUUUUUUUUAAAUUGUGUAUGUGUGGGGUUGUGAUAUGGUGCUCGAAAGAAAUCUGCAAGAGGAUUUUAACCGUUUGUCUUGACGGCGACGGUGGGAUUUGGGUCCUGUUAAGUCAUUAGGGGACUGAGUGUAAGUGUAUGUGUGUGUGUGUUGUGUGUUUUUCACACACACAUAUACAUAUAUAUAUAAAAGAAGGAAGCGAGUGACCGAGUUGCUGCAUUGCAGCCCCCUUUGGAAUAUUAUCUGUACAAUGGCGACUCCCAGCUACAGCAACAACUCCAGCAGCUCGGCACAGCAGCAACAGAGUCAGCAACAAAACACAACCACCUGCAUGCAGGAAUUGAAACACAGGAAUCUCAAACAGAAGCCCUUCCUCAGUCCAGACCAAGAACCUGAGGGGAGGCGGGUGGGAAAGUUGGUUUGUGGAGGAGAACUUCAUUCCAAAAAUGAGGACUACUGCACUUUUGGGGUUCAGCUAAGCGUCUGUGGAAAAGAGCAAAUUAAACGCAAAGCGUUGAAGUUGAAUUUUGCCAACCCAGCCUUCAAGACAACAGCAAGGCUCACAUUAAAUCCAACAGGAGGAGUUCACUUUCAGAACCCACACAUGUCCAGGCCCACCCCAAAACAGGCCCCAGACCUUGGAUCUUUGGAACUUUCAGCUCCUGUGGAUGAAGACUUCAUAUCAUUGGAAAUGAAACGAACAAGAGAGAGGCUGCGGACUCAUAGCAUUGAAUCCUCGGGGAAAUUGAAGAUAUCUCCAGAACAAUUGUAUGACUUCACUGCAGAUGACCUCAAGGACCUUGGGGAAAUAGGACGUGGAGCCUACGGUUCUGUGAACAAAAUGAUCCAUAACCCAAGCGGACAGGUUAUGGCUGUGAAACGAAUUCGAUCAACGGUGGAUGAGAAGGAACAGAAACAACUUUUGAUGGAUUUAGAUGUUGUAAUGAGGAGUAGUGAUUGUCCAUAUAUUGUUCAGUUUUAUGGCGCACUCUUCAGAGAGGGCGAUUGUUGGAUAUGUAUGGAGCUCAUGUCUACCUCUUUUGACAAAUUCUACAAAUAUGUAUAUGGUGCAUUAGAUGAUGUUAUCCCAGAGGAAAUCUUAGGCAAAAUCACGUUAGCUACUGUGAAAGCACUUAACUAUUUAAAAGAAAACUUGAAAAUUAUUCACCGAGAUAUCAAACCUUCCAAUAUUCUUAUGGAUAGAAAUGGCAAUAUUAAACUCUGCGAUUUUGGUAUUAGUGGACAACUAGUCGAUUCUAUUGCCAAAACGAGGGAUGCAGGAUGUCGACCAUACAUGGCACCUGAAAGAAUAGAUCCAAGUGCUUCAAGACAAGGCUAUGAUGUGCGGUCAGAUGUUUGGAGUUUGGGAAUCACUUUAUAUGAGCUAGCCACUGGACGAUUCCCAUAUCCAAAAUGGAACAGUGUGUUUGAUCAGCUAACCCAAGUAGUGAAAGGUGAACCCCCGCAACUCAGCAAUUCUGAAGAGAGAGAGUUUUCUCCCAGUUUCAUCAACUUUGUUAACUUGUGCCUUACAAAGGAUGAGUCCAAAAGGCCAAAGUAUAAAGAGCUUCUGAAACAUUCUUUCAUCUCGAUGUACGAAGAGCGCAGGGUGGACGUUGCAAGUUAUGUUGGCAAAAUCUUGGAUCAAAUGCCCCCAACUCCCGUUUCCCCAAUGUACGUCGAUUAAUUUUGCUGCUGAAAAGAUGGCCUUAAAUUGGCUUCGAGAAAUCAAGGUGUAAAGAUUUGUUUUAUGACACAUUGCAGUGUUUCUAUUUUUAACUUGCUCAAACAGUGCAAUAAAAAUUGGUGUUCCAUUUUCCUUGUGUCUGCCCGCAAUGUCCAUUCGAAGCAUCCUUCUCAUUGUACCCAAGUCAUCACAAGGAUGUUACUGGACCUGAAAUAUUUAUUGCCUUUUUGGGAUAAACAUUGGAGGUACCGUUGAUUUCAUUUAAAUCUAAAUAUUGCUGGAAUACUGUGCACCCAGUGCUGGGAGGAGAUCGAAGCAGGAGUCCACUGAGUACCAGUCUCAGAACAGAAAAUACUGGAAAUGCUCAGGCACAGUACAAUUCUGGAGAGACUGUCUUGGACUAGUUUUUCCCUCCAUUGCAUAAAAUAUUUUAGGUAGCACCUUCAAGGCCGCCUAGAUAUCUGCUUUGUCUUCAAUGAAAGAAAAGCUCCACGUGAACAGGAUACUUCGAACAAUAUUCCAGUGCAGUCAAGCAACUUUGAAUUUUGCUCAACAAAGUGCAAUAGAUUUACUGAUUUUAAUUCUGUUGCUUUAUAGUUAGUGUAUAUCAUGGAGGAAUGAAAUCAUCUGUAUUUUACUGUUAAUAAAGUUGAAAUGAUUUUUUUUAAAUAAGCGCAAAAUUGAACAGCAUGUCUUUCACCAAAAAAAAAGUGUGGACUGAGGUUUGUAAUGAAAACAAAUUUGAUACAGGAAAGGUUUGAUGCAAAAGAAAAGGAGAUAUUCCCUUAAAGUUGAACUUUUGUAUAAGUUUAAUGAUAUUCACUAUAUAUUAUCUUUAACCAUUGGGAAAAUUGGACAACUAAUCUGAGAUAAAUUGACUAUUAAAAUCUAGAUUAAAGAUACUGGGCUCGGUGUAACUUUGAGCAGCAUGCUUUGAAUAAAGCAUGUUGGGGGAAAUUAAGCUUGUGUUGAAGCAACAAAUGUUUUCCUGUUUAUCAGUCUGUAAAUGUACACAUUGAUGUCUUAGGAUUUUAGACAAAAGCAGGCUAUAUAUGGAUUAUGCAGUGAGCACCUGGCAGUGAUGUACUUAAAUGUUGCCCACCGACAGCUCAUACUGUGGCUCAAUGUGCUAUUUUAUACCAGGAAUUAUUUAUGCAAAAGUAAAUGUAUAUCCGUGACUGCUGAAAACCUGGAGAAACCAAAAGCUUUCCAGGUUUAUCAGUGGUGGAUCGACACCAUUUGACUAUUUGUUUAAUUAUUGGUUGUACUUGUCUGCUGAAGCAAAACAGUUUAGGGAUAAGAGAAACAGAUGGAACAGUUUGGAUGUUGGGUGCAAUGUCUUCCAUUUAGUUUAACACCACAGUGAUGGCCCAUCUCCACAGGUGCUUCAAAUCAGGAAGAAUUGCUUCAGAUCAUGAUAGGAAUUUUAGCUGCAUAUCAGGAUUUGUGUGCUGCACAAACAAGGAUUCUUUGUGAGAUUCUAUUUUUCAUACCAACAUCUGUGGAAAGAACGGUAGUUUUUUUGGGGGGAGCAGGUGAUAGUUUUUGUAAUGGACAAGUAAAUCCAAUAUAUCUCCUUUGUACAUCAAAAUGUCACUGAAGUUUUUUUUUUAAAUAUGCAAAAUUUGUGUUCCUCUAUCCUGCUUUCACAACGUAAGACAUGCUUCCUCUUUCCCAAACCCAUCACAGUUCAUUGUGUUGAAUUCUACUGGUGGAGAAAUGAACUUGAUAAAGUCAAGAGACUUCUUCAAACUUCUCGAGUGGAAUGCCUGUAAAAUUGGCCGUUUAUACGUAUAUUAAUCUUAGAUUAUAAUCUAUUAUGGGUGAGGAAUAUAUUACAGUGUAUCUUUAAAAAGGUGUAAAAUGGUCACAAACUGUGAAAAUAGAAUAAGAACUGUACAUUGUGAACUUUGGUUAAUUUUUCUUUCCUGUAUCAUAGAAAAUGUAUAAAAAAUAUCAAAGCUGAUGUGCAGGGAUAUCGCCUUACUUGUCUGUGAAAAUAGAGCUCGCCGAGUAAUAUCACCAUAGCAUUAUUUUACAGAGCUCAUGGAUAUUUCUUAUCCUGUAUACUGGUUUGACUUCUUCCUAUAUUUAAAACAUUAUAAAUGGAAUCUUAAAUAUUCAUAUAAUAGUUCUAUACUCUUGCCUGCAGGUCAGUUGUAAUAAAACUAGAACGUGACUGU